AUGUCGACAAUAACAACAAUUGAAGAUUUCUCUAAUGAAAUAUUUUAUGAAAUCUUUGAGUAUCUUUAUGGUAAUGAUAUAUAUGAAGCGUUUUCAAUACUUAAUUCUCGUUUUCAACAAUUACUUCAUUGUCCAUUUCUUCAAUAUAAAAUUCGACUUGAUGACCGACUCAUAAAACAAAACACAGUGGAUGAAUUAAAACAAAUAUCUCAUGUUAUAAAAAAUUAUAUUUUCUCAAUCUCUAUUCGACCAUGGAGACCUACCACGGAAAUAAUUUCUUUAUGUAAUUUCGAUUCAUCAUAUCAAAAUCUUCACUGUCUUAUUUUCAAUAUUAACCAACCAAAUAUAAUUCUAUUGAUUCUUCCUAAAUUAACUCAACUACCUAAAUUAUAUUCAUUAACAAUUGAAAAUAUACAAAAGUUGAAAAUAAUUUGUAAAAUCUAUCCAUUAGUUUUAAAUUUAUCAAAAUUAAAAUAUUUCAAAAUAGAAACAUGUUGUAUAGAUCUAUUUGCCGAUCAUUCUUUACCAAUUGCUACACAUGAACAAUCAUCUUCAAUUGAACAUUUAAUUAUCGAACAUUAUUGUUCUGUACAAGAACUUGUUAAUUUUCUAUAUUAUACACCAAAAGUACAUCAUUUGAAGUUUUCCAUUUACGAAGACAAGAAAACACAUUUAAAUCUUCUCUCUCUAAAUCACUUGCGACAUUUAACAUCUCUUUCGAUCGAAAUGUGUUCAUUGAAAUUCGAUAAAUUUGAAAUUCUUAUUAAUCAAUUUAAAUUCCAUUUAAAAACAUUUUCAUUGAGAAUCUGGUCGAGAAAUGAAAAUUAUUUAAAUGCUCGUCGAUGGGAAAGAAUUAUUUUACAAAAUUUACCACAAUUAGAACACUUUUCUAUGAAAUAUAUCAUCUGCUUUCAGAAUGAUGAUCAGUCAUCACUACAUUCAGACAAAUCAAAUGAAUUUCUCACAUCAUUUUGGCUUCAACGACAAUGGCUAUUAAGAAUUGAAAUGAUACAUGACUUUAUAAUUUAUAUCGUUGAUGCAUAUAAAAAACAAUGGUUUGAAUAUGAUAGACAGGAGCAAAAAAUAUAUUCUGUUGAAGAAUUAUCGAAAUCUAGACAACUUAUUAUUAACAAUAUAUCUGUAGAAAUAUUAAAUAAUAUUCAUAAUUAUAUGAACUAUGUUCUAUCGGUUAUGCAAAUUGAUCAUUUGGUUAUUAAAGAAGAAAUAUUUGUUAUUCAAUUAGCUGAAAUUUUAUGUUUAUUACCUGAACUUGAUUCAUUAGAAGUUUCUAUGAUAUCAUUUGUAUACCCACGACAAGUAACAUUAGAUGAAAUGAUAAAAAUCUUUUGUUCAACAACUCAUAUUAAAAUUUCAAAACUUCGUGUUAGAAAAAUUAAUAAAAUUGAAGAAAUUAAUUUUUUUCUUGCAUUUUGCCCAUUAAUUAAACAACUUGAAAUUAAUAAAUUACCUAUGAUAAACGUUGAAUUUUUUCUUCGACCAUUGUUAAUUCAAAUUAGAAAUAAAUCAAAAUUUCAAAAUCUUCGAUUAAUAUGUAUUCAAUUACCGACAGCCGAUGAUAAGAUGAUAUUGAAAUUAAAACAAAUGAUUCAAGAUGAAAAUUUACUUGUUGAUUUCAAGAUAAAACGCAAUGAAGAGAAAAUUUUUGUAGAAUGGAAAUAA